AAGAACAAAGUUAAAUUCCCAGACUUCUGCGUUAACCCUACGCUAUCACUCGAUGUCACCUAUACUUGUUUGCUCCGCUCUCACCAAGCAACAAUCUUGACCUAAAUCCUCACCCUCCGCCUCGAAAUUCCUCGACCUCUUCCAAUGGAGGUACUCCGUUUAAUCCUUAAUCGCUUCUUUCGUGAAAACAAGAUGCAAAAAUACCUUGCAAGCAUAUCCAUAUUGAUGGGUCUUCUCUGUUUGUAUUAUCAGAAUCGUUCCGCUGGAGGAUCCAUUGACAAAAAUAAAGCACUUGUUGCGUAUUUAAAGCAAAAUGGCACAAUCAAGUCGAAGAAAGUUGCAGAAGUAAUGGAGACCAUUGAUAGGGGUCUGUUUGUACCCAAAGAUGUCCUGGCUUAUGUUGAUAGCCCUAUGGCAAUAGGUUUCAGUGCAACUAUAUCUGCUCCACAUAUGCAUGCAGCUUGUCUAGAACUGCUGGAGGAUCAUCUGAAACCGGGCAUGCAUGCCUUAGAUGUUGGCUCAGGAACUGGGUACUUGACUGCAUGUUUUGCUAUGAUGGUUGGACCACAAGGCCGUGCAGUGGGUGUCGAACAUAUCCCCGAGCUGGUUGCUUCUUCCAUUGAGCAUAUCAAUAAAAGUGCAGCAUCCUCGUUGUUGAAGGAUGGGUCACUUUCUGUGCAUGUUGCUGAUGGAAGGCUGGGUUGGCCUGAAGCUGCUCCAUAUGAUGCCAUUCAUGUGGGAGCUGCAGCACCAGAGAUCCCUCAUGCAUUGAUUGAGCAACUAAAGCCCGGAGGCAGAUUGGUGAUCCCAGUCGGCACCUUGAUUCAAGAACUGAAGGUGAUCGACAAGAAGGAUGAUGGCUCUAUCACUGUCAGAAAUGAACUACCUGUCCGAUAUGUACCCCUUACAAGUAGAGAAGCUCAGCUACAUAAUUAAAUCUUAAGCUCCUUUAGGUUAUUAUCUAGUUGGUGAACUUUCAUAAAGAGGCAUUCACAAGGACACUUGGUAAUUAUUUUAGGGUAAAUUGCGGGUAAUUCCUUUAUCUAGACCUUUAGUAGCAUUUAAUGGUAAUAAAAGAGUUUUUGAGGGUGAUAAAUGCUACUGAAGAUGUAGACAAAGGGGGUUAGUUGCAACCUGCCCAUGAUUACUUCUCCUCAAUGGCAUUAUCGAGUGUCCGAUGUGGAACAUACAAGUGUGCUAUUGUAACGAGUGUAAGAAAAUGAUACAAAUACCGUCAUAAUCUGGGAUCUUAAGCACUGAUGUCUGUAUGUAUAGCGAUAUUUAUCCUGAAAAUGCUCAGGUUAGGUAUCAUAGUGUUUCAAGGCCUUGGCUUUCUCAGCGUUUGGUGUGUGCCUAAAGAAUGAACUGUGGACAGGGGGAUGGCAAGGUAUCUCAAGCACCUACUUUAGGUAGAGCAGGUGAUGAUGUUCGAUGUGAAUUUGGCUGGCGGUGUUGUUAUCCAUGGAUUCUGCUAGAUUUUGGCAGGUAAACAUGGUUUUUAUUGGUUGGCGUAUUUAGAUGCGGCAAUGUGACGAACCUUUUGGAAGGUUUAAUCUUCAUAUACUUUUUGAGUCGUAAUAAUAGCUAUAGGCCAAGGAGGGUCGAUAAUCAAAUGUGUAUCAGUCUUUGCUCUGCUUUUCUUCGGCAGCAGUGUUAACAUCGCCAGUUCAAUCUUGGGCGCACUCAUGAGUUUAUUUCCUUGCUUCAAACUGUAUAUUAUAUGUUUUUUGUUUAGACUUGGAUGGUCCAUCUUCGUUAUUAAUCAACUAUCAGCUCCAUAAAUUUCUUCAA